AUGACGCUAUUCCUCCUGACACGUCCAAAGUUCUCGGGCCUAGUGCAGCCGGGAAAUAGGCCCAAGCCGUGGUUCUACAAGUCAAACGACGUGCUUGACACACCAGUUUUGGUAGAUAUAAAUAAAUCAUGCACGCAUCUUCCAUCUGUUUAUUCUGGCGGCGGCGGCGGCGACGGUAACAUCAACAAGAAGAUGGACGACGACUGCUGCGAUUCGUACGAUCAUGUCGACGACUGCUGCGAUUCGUACGAUCAUGUCGACGACCACUGCGACCCGCAUGACCAUUGCCACCACCACCACCACUGCCCGGCGGAGAGCGGCGACGACGCAGGCGGCAGAUGGUGGCCGGACCCGCAGUAUAACGAUCUGGAGUCGGCGAGACAGCCGAUAUGGCCGUCCACAUCAUCGGCAAGGGAGAGCAAGAGGCGGCCACCGGCGUCAACAGCGGCGCCGCUCAUCAAGCCCGAGGCCGAGACCGACGACCAGAGUUGUAAGAGCAAUAUGGAAGGUGCGUCGUGGUGGUGGUGGUGAUGAUCCUCGUGCUCAUCUUUUCGUGAUCGAUCGAGAUCGUCCAGCCGCAGGGGCAGUGCUGCAUGCAUGUAAUAAUUUGCUAGGCAUCAAUCGGUAUAUUAUAUGUACGGCAGCAGAUCGCUGGAUGCAUGCGGGAGCGGGAUCCAGCCUGAAUUUUCUUUUGACCUUCAGUUAA